AUGUACGUAUAUGAACCACCCCAGUAUGAUAAUAGGAUGUAUCCAAUCCCCGCUCAAACUAUUCCUUUACAAGCACAGCAAGUGCAACCUACUCAGCCGAUUCCUGCUUCUUCCUACAAAACAUCUGUUCAGCAACAACCCUAUUUAUAUCCUCAGCAGUCUGGCUACAAUUAUCCUGCCCUACCUCAGAUUCGGGCACAACAGCCUCAGCAAUUGCAACCUAUACAGCAAAUUCAAAACCCGCAGUCUCGGAACAAUCUGGCCUAUGGGUAUGAUCCUAUUAUGAGUCCCACAAUCGGAGGUACGCAGCCGAUGGCUGCAGACGCAUCUAAAAGGAUGUAUGGACAGAGUCCUUCAUUGGAUCUUAUUCAAGUUAGAAAAGGAGCAGUGAGCACUUCGACAAGGAGAAGUUCCAGCGCUUGGCCACCAGAAGAUGAUCGAUUACUAAGGGAACUUAAGGAAGAGAAAAACCUGGGAUGGAGAGAAAUUGCCAGUUAUUUCCCCCAUAGAACAUUGAACGCAUGCCAAUUUAGAUGGAGAAGAUUAGUUGUUGGCAUUGCCAAGGACGUGAAAAAAGAAAUAGAGGAGAGGACCACAUCAGAGGGGAAAAAGCGAGACGUCUACAAUUUUAGCUCUAACGCUUCAAAAGAUGUGAAUAGCGAAACCUCCAAAAGCGAAGAACAUAUAGGAAAAACGUCCAAAUCGUUGACUGCUACUAAGGGAGAAACAAAAUCUGUCACGUCCACCCAUAAUGCUGAUACAAAUUGUGAUGGAAUUGAUGUAGCUUUAGAAAAGCAUAGUCAAUCGACCAAGAAGCGUCAAUUAGCAAUGGACGAGCAGCACGAAUCACAAGAAGCAAAAAGAAUCAAGCAGAUCCAGCAGGCCGAACAGAAAGUACAUGCAACCGAAUCUGUACCAACUGGCAAGGCAAGAUUUGAUCUUGCAAGAUUGCUUAACUGA